GAGCGAGGGCGAGAGAGAGUGAGAGCGAGGGCGAGAGAGAGGAGAGCACGCCGACGAGACUGAACGAGCAGGGCGCAAUGAGCGGGGAGCCGCGGCGGCGCGGGUGGCGAUGAGCGGCGGGCGCGGGGCUCGCCGGUGAGCGGCCAUGGCCCGGCCGGGCCGGCCAUGUUCUCCGAGCUGUGCAGGGAGACCCUGCGCAAGGCCGCGGUCUGCCGCGGGCGCUCGGCGGCGCCCGCCCGGGAGGCCGGCGCCAGGCGGCGCCCCGCCAGGCCCACCAGCCUGGGCGCGCGCAGGGCUGGCAGCGGCCUGGAGUCGCGCGACGGCCGACGCGCGCCCUACGCCGCCGACUGCGCGCUCUGCUGCUGCGAGGCCGCCUGCGAGGCCCGCAGCUGCCGCGGGGCCCGGCCGCGCCGGCCCAGGUCCGCCUCGCCCGAGCUGCUGCCGCCGCGCGUGCGGCGCCUCCACCGCUGCCGCGCGCGCUCCUCCAGCUCGUCGUCCGGGCCCUCCGACGACGAGUCCUCCGCCUCGAGCGACGAAGCUGGAGCGACUGCCGAUGAGAGCCAAAGGCCCAGCUCUGCGCACAACCGCCAGUCCCUUACGAAAGAAGAAACGAUGCAUUGGUUCGCCCGAAUUGGAUCCGAUGAAGAUGCAAUUCUCGCGUCAGAUUUGAGGCAGCGCAAUAGUCACGAUUUCGACGCAGACUCUCUCGACGGCGAUCAUCCAUACGAAUAUCAAGGUCGCGAGCCGACGGCCGCGCUCGGCGUCGGCCCGGGCGUGGAGCGCAGCAACAGCGCCAAGGAGCUGGACCGGGCGCGACUGGUGCGCGAGCGCCAGCAGGAGGAGCGACAGCGCAAGCUGAAGGAGCUGCGCCAGCAGGCGCUCGCCGCGCAGCGCUUCCGCGAGCAGCGCGAGGAGGAGCGACGCAAGCGCAUCGAGGAGCUUCGCCUGCGCGACAAUGACAGGCGAAGCCAGGUGGAGGAGCGCAAGCGGCUGAUCUGGGAGGCGGAGCGCGACAGGCGCGAGGCCAUCCUGCGCAGGAACCAGGAGCGCGAGGCGCGCAUCGAGGCCAAGCGCAAGAACGAGCGCUCGCAGAUCGUCUUCGCGUUCGGCAGCUCGACGCCCCGCAUGCUCGAGCCGGCGGACACGGGCGGCUUCUGGGGCACCAGGCGCGCCACCUCCACGUCCAACGUCAUCAACCAGCACCCGGCGCCGCUCACCAGGCGCAGCUCCGAGCGCGAGCUCGACGGCAGCAAGAAGCGCGCCGCCUCGGCCGGCGGCGCCGACCGCAAGCCAGGUGAGGAGGGCGCCGAGGCAGCGGCGGGCGUGAGCACGCGCUUCGCGAACCGGCGCCGCACGGACCUGGUGCCGACGCUGCCCGGGCGCAGCUCCAGCCUGGCGGCCAGCAGCAGCAAGGCGUUCGCGCGCAGCCCAGGUAGGACAUACUCGAUGUCGAGGCUGGACCGGCUGGCCCAGCCGCGCAGGCGCGCCGGCCCGCCGGCCGGCCUGGCGCAGGCGAGCAUGAGCCGCAGCAUGAGCCAGCUGGCGCGGCCCGCGCCGGCCCCCGGCCUCGGCCGCCCGGACAACUCGCGCAGCAUGGGCGCGCUGCCCGGGCCCACGCGGGCCGAGCGCCUGCGCCGCAAGGCCCGCGAGCACGCCAACCCAGGUCUGCGCAGCGGCGAGGUGACGCCCAACAGCCCGUCGCGGCCGCACAGCUCCAUGAGUCAGCAGAGCGCCAGCUCGAGCGUGGCCAGCAGCACCGUGAACCUGCGCCCCAGGACCGGCACGCCCCGACGACCCAGGCCAGCCUCCAUCGCCGGCACCGGCGUCACCACCUCUCAACACAACGAGGCCGCCAAGCAGCAGAAGGACGCCAAGCCGCCGCUGCCCAAGGCGCACGCCGGCGGGACCGGCGGGACCGGCGGGGCCGGCACGCCGCGCAAGCCCGCGCCGCCGGCGGCCAAGCCGGAGCGCCGCAGCGCGCCCGCGCCGCCCAGGAGCGCCAAGGCCUCGCCGCGCGCCACGCCCAGGCCCAGCCCGCUGCAGAGCCCCGGCGCCGAGCCGCCCGGCCCGCCGGACGAGGGCCCGGCGCCCGAGGAGCCGCCCCGGCCGGAGGAGGACCUCGGCGACGAGCAGCAGGCCGACAUGACAGCCUCGAUGAUCCAGAAGAUCCGCAUCACCACGGAGGAGGAGGCCAAGGCCGCGCUGGCCGAGCGCCGCCGCCUGGCGCGCGAGCAGGCCGAGCGCGAGGCCGAGCUCGAGAAGCAGCGACGGGAGCAGGAGGCGACGCUGGAGGCCGAGCGCCUGCGCGCCGAGGAGGAGGCGCAGCGCCGGCUCGAGGAGGAGACCAUCCGCCUGGCGGAGGAGGCUCGGCUGGCCGAGGAGCAGCGGCUGCGCCAGGCCAUCGAGGAGGCCGAGAGGCGCCAGGAGGAGGAGCGCAAGCGCCGCGAGGACGAGCUCCGGCAGAAGCUCGAGAAGGAGGAGGCCGAGAGGUCGGUGUCGCAACGACUCGAGAUGGUCGAGCGCCAGAAGAAGAAGGAGGAGGAGGAGAGGAACGCCAGGCGCAAGCGCGUCGAGGCCAUCAUGUCCAGGACCCGGGCGAAGAACCAGCCGAACGCUCAGAAGGGCGACGGCACCGACGGCGACAAGUCCAAGGAGGACAGCCCGAGCGAGGAGAGCAAGUCGGCCCCGGGCGACGACAAGUCCGCGCAGAGCCUGAUGACCAGCAGCCUGCUGUCGGAGGCGACGCUGCAGCUCAUCAGAAGCGAGCAGUGUGCCCACGAGGCGAGCGGCGAGGGGGACGUCGUGCGCAACGGCACCAGCCACCCGAGCAACGGAGUCGGCGAGCCCGCCGGCAAGCAUCAGCAGCAGCAGCAGCAGCAGCAGCAGCAGCAGCCGUCGUCGUCGCCACAGCCGCAGCCGCCGCAGCCACCGCAGCCGUCGCUCGUCGACAACGAAGAGCUCAACGGACACCGCAACAACGGCUCCAGCCACGGCAACGGUAUCGGCAUCGACACGCAGAGCAUCGCUCUCGACAACGCCACCGUCAAGCAAAAUAACGUCACAAACAACUUGCUCGAUCUGUCGGAAUUUGACUUGCUGAGCAAUAGCAACAGUAGUCCGAUAUUGAUGUCCAACAAUAAUGAAGACAAUGUGAAUUCGAAUCUGAAUCCUACGGCAAUACCCUUCACGCCGAAUUUCGUCAUGCCAGCAGCGACCAAUGCCAAUCCUUUUCAGGAUCCCUUUGUCAGUAAUAAACAGCAGGACAAUCAAGUGCAAGAUCUUCUGUCUUAAGAGAGCCGUCAAAUCGUAUGGAUGACUACGAUAGAUAGAUAAGAGAAAGAAAACAACCACGAAACUGAUGCAAGUCUGACGUUGAGCGACGUAGACGUCAUCGUGGCUUUUGAUUCUUCUUAGAGAAAAGUGCAGUGUAAAUAAAAAGAGGAGAACGAGAUUAAUCUGCCGAUGAACAUAGCUAAACAGGCGAUUCAAAGAGCUUUUCGUUAUAUGUUAAACGCAUGGCAGGUUUAUCAAGUGUAAAAUAAUAUAUAAUGUUAAUUAAUAAGUAAUAAUGGUAAAUAAUAAUGAUUAAUAUUAUUAUUAACGAUGGUUAAAAUACAAUACAGGCACACGCGAGCGGUCAACUCUGAAGAUCCGACCCGCCUCUUAGUUUGUACAAUCUAAUAUCUUGAUUACUGAAACUAACUCCUUAAUGGAUCUUUACUGUCUUUUUUCCAAGAGAUAAUUACUGCAAAACUAUCGCGCCUAAUUGACAACGAGCUCAGUGUGAACAUUCGUGUUAUUGCACAGAUGUGUCAAUUAAGCUAUAGCACUUCUCAAUGGGAAUGCAAGAUAUAUGUGUUGCGCGUGUUAUUUAUUUAUUUUUUCUUUUUUCCUCUUUCAAUGUGCAAUCGAGAUUCAAAGCUUGACCUGCUGUGCAUUGACGCUAACUCAUUUUCUUUGGUCAGUCAUGAUCAAAUGUCAAUUUCGACGAUGUCUUGAAUAGGCUAAGCAUUUUUUUCCAAAUGGCUUUGUAAUAUUUUAAUUGCGUCUUUUUUUAAUGGAAAAAUUGUAAAAUUUGUUUUCAUACUUUACGUCCAUAGUGUAUUUUUAUAUUUGUUCGUGAUUGUAAACCACCAGUAAUGGACUGUGCAGAACUGACAAUUUGCGUCAUCCCAAGUCUCGAAGCUUGCAAUUUAAAUGUUUAGCCUAAUAAAAAAUAUUUAUACUCUACAGAUACAAUUGUAAAACUUAAUACGUUAGCUUUUUCUUCUUUCAUCAAGCAAUUUUCAUGUUUAUUUUUUGUUUACUUUUUUUUGUUUUGAGGCGUGCGCUCACUAGUCAAGCGAUUUUAAUGUUUUUAUUACACUUCGUUCAGAGACUACGAUGAGAGAUUGUGAGUGAAUGAAUGUAUGAUGGUAAUGUCUUGAAAAAUUAUGAUUAAUAAAUCUCAAGAAAGGAAUUAUAUAUAUCAAAGAAAAAUAAGUAAUUAUAAGAUGGAUAAGAUUGGAAUUCAAAGGAAUGAAAUUAUUAUUGAUACAUAAAAUUAAAUAAAAAUUUGUCACAUUAGUCUGCCAAUAUUUCGUCUCUGUUCACUAUGCGUUAUGUAUUUUAACUAAAUUUAGUAAAACUUAUAUUUGUCGGCGGAGCAAUGAAAUUUUGAUGUUAUAAAUUCACCUUAUAGCUCAUAUAAAGGCGACUGUUAUCGGGUAAAGGGUAACCGUUAUCGCUUGAUUGCUGCGAACGUAUAUUUUCCAAAAGAGUUGAUGCAACAAAAAUCACUUGGCCAUUGUGGCCUGUGCGUACAGUCUUACGAGUAAUUAUGUCAUAAGGUGCAGCUGAGGCAGCUAAUUCAAAGAAACAAAGCACUUACGCAUAUAUUGUUUACGCGAGAAACUAAGCGAAGUGAGAUUAACAAUUGUUAAAACAAGUCAAUGAACUGCAUCGCAAGUCUAGCUCAAUACCCUAGAUUUUUUGAAUAUAAUUAAAAACUGUAAUUUAUAAAUAUUUAGUUGAUUGAGCUAAUACGUUUAAAAAUCCACGGUAACUUAAUUAUUAAGGCUACACAAGUGUACAUGUAUUAAAUAUAUGUUUUUAUCGUAGACAGUGUAAAAUAAAGUUUAAAAACAAAUGAAAGGAAGCAUUUGAAAGAAGGGCUGAUUGAUAUAUAUCGACGUUAUAUGCAUAUAUUUGUUAUAUAGCAUUACACACGAAUGGGAAAAAACUGGUUAUCAAUUGAAUCGAUGAAAUUUUAAUAGUCGAGAAUAGGAAGGCAUUAAGCAGAAAUAAUUAGUUUAUUCUGUGUUUUGUAAUUAAAUUUUCUACUGAAUAAAUAGAUGAAUAUGAGAUUUUUCAAGAAAACGAUUGCAAUCGAGAAAAAUGGACAAAGUAUAGAGUUGGAGCGGCAAAAUGUUUGCGCGAAAUUCAGUGAGCGGCGUGAUGGGAUGAAGGCAAUAAAUCGCGCCUUUCUGUCGAAAUGAUAACUUUUGAAGGUGAAACGUCGAGUGGGCGAGUUAGGCGUGUUUACUUUGUUCAUGAUUCGGUGCGAGCGGGCUAACGAACCGUAUACAGCACGGCACAAAUGGAAAAAUGCGUACAAAAAGUAUGCAGCGCAGCGUAAAAAAGGUUUGGGGGCGUAACGAAGAGAAAGAGUGACUGGGCGAUAAGGGUUUUUCGAUAUUUUUGAGGGGUCGACGAAAGUAAAUACACAGAGGUCUGUAUGCUUAGGUGCAAUUAUCUAGCUAGCCCCUCGUCGCUGAUUGCGAAUUUAUAUAUUUGCGCGAUGUUAUUGUCUGCGUUGAAAACUCAAUCAGUCUCUUUUGUUCGACUGCGAUUCGGUCGAGCGGGAGCAAUAAUCGCUUCUUUCCUCGGAUUGGCAACGAGAGCGCGCAAGGCAUGUGUUGCAUUUUGAAGGAUGCGUGGAGCGAAAGAGCGAUGCAUACGUGAGAUGAGUCUUUUGAUGGUCACCAGACAAGCCUAAACACUUGGUAAUGUAAAAAAAGCCUUGUACGUAAUAAAUGACUAAAACUACUGGAGUUGUUUUCUC